CAGAAGGUGACAGCGGACUCCAAGAUGGCGGCCGCGUUUCUCACUCACCAACAGAAAGUUUUGCGGCUUUACAAGAAAUCCCUGCGACACCUAGAAUCCUGGUGCAUCUUCAGGGAUAAGUACCGUUUCUACGCCUGCCUGCUGCGUGCUCGCUUUGAUGAGAAUAAAAAUGAGAAGGACCUGGUGAAAGCCACGAUGCUGCUGAAGGCCGGAGAGGAAGAGUUCUGGGCCAACCAGCAUCCUCAGCCUUACCUGUUCCCCGACUCACCUGGAGGAACUUCCUACGAGAGAUAUGAGUGCUACAAGGUACCGGAGUGGGUGCUGGAGCAUUGGCACCCCUCGGAGAAAGCCAUGUAUCCGGAUUAUUUCUCCAAACGGGAGCAGUGGAAACAGCUGCGUUUGCAGAGCUGGGACAGAGAGGUAGCUCAGCUGGAGGCCGAGACUCCAGCCUCUGGACCCAGAACUGAGGCUCUUCCUCCAGCCCGAAAAGAGGGAGACCUGCCCCCCCUGUGGUGGCAGUUUGUGACCCGUCCCCGUGAGCGCCCCACAUAAGCACAGCGCCCCCUGUAGAUCACAACCAGCCCCAACACCUAAAUAUGACUCACCAACUCAUUAAACCACAGUGAAGGAUAUAACAAACCUGUAUGUGGAGAUGGAGCCAGUGUUAAAAGUCACUCUCUGACUGUGGAUCAAUGUAAAAUUGUACCUUUAAAUAUUUCAAUAAAACUAUAUUAUAAUGACAAAA